CAUGGAACACACCUAUCAAAUAGUACUUGUAUCAAUUCUGUGGCAAUUCAUGGUAUCUGAAGGCGUGCUGAAAUGUCCAGAAUCCACAGAAGAUUGGGGUAGGGCAUCAAUGGCUCUGCAAUGCAAAGACCCAAAUUACUAUCACUGCCUCAAGGACGAAAACGGGCAAAUAACACAGCAAUGUCUUCAAAAAGUUUGGAUACAGCAAAGUAUGUGUCCAGAGUUUAAUUUUAAAGCUCGCCGAAUAGAUGUUUAUCAAUGCAAAUCUAAUGAGAACAACUGCCCGACUACAACGUACUGGUCUAAUGCUGUUUACGUCUAUCCUGGGUGUUUCCAUAAUGUUUCAUCCAAUGUACUGAAAUCUAGCACGACCUUAUUUACUCUUCCUUUAACGAUAGAAAUAACUACAAAGGACAGUGCAUCUGCCAAUGAUACCUCAUCUUCCGAGAAAACAUCCAAUGCAAUUCCAUUCACGUCAAUAAUAAUAAUAAUAAUUUCUAGUCUAAUCGUCACUAUAGUGCUUUUUCUCGGUAUAGGAUGUCUAGUGUUUAGAUGGAGACACAGAAGAGAGUUAAGUACCGGAGAAAAAGAUAAAGACAACAAUUCACCUGAAGAAGAGAUUAUGUUACGAGGUACAAGUUCCUUACCAUUGGACACAUAA